AUGGAUCAAUUUCAGUGUCUUCGUAUCGUCGUAUUGAUCGGUACCAAAAGUACACACACGUAUCACAAAAAGCAAUAUUUACGACAGGUCUAUUGCGUAUGGAGAAUGUGUUGGUACAACCUCAUCACCUACGAGAGGUGUGCACCGCCUCCACAACGUCCACAACAUCAAAGAGUAGCUCUUGCCAGAGUUUGCAGUCUUGGGGAUGUUCCGAAUAUGAUUCGUUGUAAUGAGGUAUUCGAUGAAGAACCACCAGCAAGUGAUUAUUAUCGGGCAAGAGAUCUCACGAUUCCGUGUCCCAUGUGCGAGCAGGAUUUUAUCUUCGCGAAGCUUAGACCCAACCCAGGUAAUGGAAGCGGCGGUGGGGUGGUCCAAAAACCUACUCGAUGCCAACGAUUCAAAGACAAAUUCAAAUCUAGCUCAUCCGGGACGACAUCUGGUAACGCCGGAACAUAG